AUGUGCUAUGUGGAUGACACCACCUUCGUCAUUCUGCUCAGUCGAUCCCAUGCUGAUGGAGGAAAAGAAGAAUUCGGCGGUUUAGAGCCCGCAUACCCAAGGAGUUACGUUCGGACGGCGAUUGGGUUUCCAUUUACCAUCAAUGGCAACCAACAGUGCAAAACUUGCGAAAUUUUCGUCGCCCAAGGUUGUCACAGUUUCAAGACACCAAAUGAUAGACCUACCAAUCAACCUUGCGAUCUUGCGUUCGUGCCAAUAGAACAUCGUGACGGAGAGUCAACAUGCAAGACUACGAAGGGAGCCUUCCAUUGCUAUUCUGGGCGCGAUAAGACAAUCGGUAAUGGUGGUUGUUAUGACUGCGCUAGCCCUCACUAAAUAGAAUCUGGACUGCAUUGGUAGCUUGAUAGUACCUGAUCAAAAAUUGAAGCAUGAAUUCUAAUACCACAAUCCCAGUAUUGAUGCCACUUUGUUACAAUCUGUUGUGAGAAUACACAAACUGAUAUAUGAAUUGAGACAAAAAUUCUCCCAUCAGAG